UUACAGAUGAUACCCUUGUGAAGCUAUAUAAUGUAUUUGGAGGAGUAUUUGAACGAGCAUUAGAAUUGUAUGAACUGGGACGGAUUAGUCAUAUCUUAGCUUUGGAAUCUAUAAAAACAGGAAUUUCCAAAGACGUGGCAAGUUCUAGGUGGCUCAUUGAAGUUAAAGGAUUUUCGAAUAAAGUAUACACUUUAUUUCCUGAUGUUCAUUUUUGUACUUGUGCAGCCUUUAGAUUUCAAGUUUUAACUGAACAUUCUGCAUUUACGUGCAAGCAUAUUUUAGCAGCUUGGUUAGCAUCACUUGACACUAAAAAAUUAACCCACAGAGAAGUAACAUCAGUACAAUUUCGAAAUUUGUUGCUAUAUCAAGCUUCAUAUAAUUGCAAUGAUACCAAAUGCAAAUGAUUAUAAAUUUGUAGCUAAAUUGGGAAAUCUUAGAACUGUAGUUCAGUUACUCAAGUCUGUGAAUUUCAAAGAGACAGCCACUUGUUUUGGAACUGAUAAUGGUCUUAAGAUAACAGUUGAAGAUGCAAAAUGUAUGCAAGCCAGUGCAUACAUUCCAGUUGAUGUCUUCCAAGAGUUCAAACUGAAGGAGGAAGUAAUAUUUCGCAUAAAUCUGAAUGUCCUUGUAGAAUGUCUGUGCAUGUUCUGGUCAGAUAUAAACAGUCAGUCAAGUUCAGUAGCUGCACAGCUCUUUUAUAAGGGCACAGGUCACCCAGUAACUAUGCUUAUAGAAGAGAAUGGUAUCAUUACAGAUUGUUCUUUAAAAACUCAGGAAUUAGGAGAACUGCUUGAUUUCCAUCUCGAUGCAGAGGAUGUACUGAACAAAAUAGUUCUGCAAACAGAUUUGUUAAAGGAUGUUUUAGCUGAACUCGAUGGGACAAGUGAAUUCAUUGAGCUAUUGCUUUCCCCUGAAGCACCAUAUUUCAGAAUUAGCACAGAUGGCAUAGCCGGCGAAUGUCGCAUCGAAUUACCACGUGAUAGUGAUCUUGUGGAGAGUUUCGAGUGCAACACUACAGCCAAUUCUUGCUAUAAAUUAGCCCACAUUAAACCAGCCAUGAAAGCAUUAUACUGUGCAAAUAAAGUCUCCAUGAGGACGGAUGAUUGUGGAUUACUAUGUUUCCAGUACAUGGUAAAAACAGAUGCAGGUCAAACCUGCUACGUUGAAUACUACAUAUCACCCGUUAUAGAUGUCGAAUAAAAGAAUUUGCAGUUGAUAUGCGUAUACCAUGUAUCUUCCUAAAUUAAACAAGAUUAUAAAGUAAUAAAAUAAACGUUCCUUGGCCGUUGA